CCCUCGCAAAAAACCUAAGACGCACCGCGUCGCCUUCUUUCAUGUCCCUCUCUCUCACCGCUUCAUCACUUCCUACUAACUUAAACCCUAGAUAAUAUAAUUCGCCGAUUUCUCUUUUGGCUUCGAGUUUAGCCUUUUAGAAAUGCUAGGAGCUGCUUAUAGGAACAGCUCAAUCGAGUGGAGGCCGUCUCCAGUUGUAUCUCUAGCCACCAGCGCCGACGAGUCUCAGGUCGCUGCUGCCCGUGAAGACGGCUCACUGGAGAUUUGGCUCGUCUCUCCUGGCGCUGUCGGUUGGCACAACCAGCUGACGAUUCACGGGAACCCUAAUUCGAGAGUUUCGUCACUUGCGUGGUGUCGUGCUGGCUCGAAAGGAUUGCCAUGUGGUAGAUUGUUUUCGUCUAGCAUUGAUGGUUCAGUUUCGGAGUGGGAUCUUUUUCAUUUAAAGCAGAAGAAUGUGCUGGAGUCAAUUGGGGUCUCAAUUUGGCAGAUGGCAGUAGCGCCUUCUAGUAAUUCAGCUAUUCACACAGAGCAUAAGCCACCGCACCUUGGAAAUGGGUACUUAAAUGGUAGACACAAAGGUGGUGAAGAGUCCGAAUACAGCAGUGAGAGUGAAGAUGAUUCAGAUUUGGAUGAACAACGUGAGCAAAUAGUUGUUGAGGAUCCAUGUCUGGCAAUUGCUUGCGAUGAUGGGUGUGUUCGGAUAUACACUGUUCCUGAAUCAGAUGGGUUAACAUACAAUAAAACGUUGCCCAGGGUCAGUGGGCGUGUUUUAAGUGUGACGUGGAGUCCUGAUGCGAGUAGAAUAUAUUCAGGCAGUAGUGAUGGGUUUAUAAGGUGCUGGGAUGCUAAGCUGGGUAACGAGAUAUACCGGAUUACAGCUGGGCUUGGUGGUUUGGGUAGCGGACCGGACCUUUGUAUUUGGUCUUUACUUGCCCUGAGAUGUGGGACCCUUGUUAGUGCAGACAGUACUGGUGCUGUUCAGUUCUGGGACUCUCAACAUGGGACACUUUUGCAGGCGCAUACUUCUCACAAGGGUGAUGUGAAUGCUUUGGCAGCUGCACCUAGUCAUAACAGGGUGUUCUCUGCUGGAUCUGAUGGUCAGGUUAUUCUUUAUAAGCUUUCUAGUGAGACAGUUGAAUCUGGUAAUGACAUAUCUUCUUCUAAGAUGUUGAAGAAAUGGAUCUAUGUUGGUUAUGUAAGAGCUCAUACACAUGAUGUUAGAGCCUUGACAGUGGCAGUACCCAUUAGUCGAGAAGAUCCUUUGGCUGAUGAUAAAAUUAAAAGAAUUCGUCAUAAAAAAAAGCCCAUUGAUUUUAGUUAUAGUAAGUGGGCGCAUUUGGGAGUUCCUAUGCUUAUCUCUGCUGGUGAUGACACAAAGCUCUUUGCCUAUUCUGCUCAGGAAUUCACUAAGUUCUCACCCCAUGAUAUCUGCCCAGCACCCCAAAGAGUGCCAAUUCAGUUGGCUCUUAAUACUGUAUUCAACCAGAAUUGCUUGCUUCUAGUCCAGUCAUCUUCCUGGUUAGAUAUACUCUGUGUUCAAACAAAAGGUGGAUCCAUGACUGGUCCUGGUCCGUCAAGGGGCCGUGCAACAACUGAUAUUCUAGCUCGAAUUAAGACUAAGGGAUCUCGGAAAAUUAUUUGCAGCACAAUUUCUAAUGCAGGGGUUCUAUUUGCUUACUCAGACCAUGUUAAACCCAACCUUUUUGAAUUGAAGAAGGAUGUCAGAAAAAGUGCGUGGACUGUUAAUAAAAAGCCUCUCCCUCAGAAAUUGCCAUAUGCACAUUCCAUGGUUUUCAGUGCUGAUUCAUCUCGAUUGAUGAUAGCAGGGCAUGAUAGAAGGAUAUAUGUUGUGGAUGUGUGCAGCACAGAGCUAGUACAUACCUUUACACCACGUUGUGAGGGAAAUGAUGAGGAAUUACCACCCAAUGAGCCUCCCAUAACAAAAAUGUUUACUAGUUGUGAUGGGCAGUGGUUAUCUGCCAUCAACUGCUUUGGAGACAUAUAUGUUUUUAAUCUGGAGACACAAAGGCAACACUGGUUUAUAGCAAGAUUGGAUGGUGCCUCUGUAACAGCUGGUGGUUUCCCCCCUCAAAAGAACAAUGUGCUCGUAGUCACAACCUCUUCAAAUCAGGUCUAUGCAUUUGAUGUGGAGGCAAAACAGUUAGGAGAAUGGUCAACACGGCAUACAUUUGUUCUACCGAGGAGAUACCAAGAAUUUCCUGGGGAGGUCAUUGGGCUAUCGUUCCUGCCUAUGUCAAGCCCUCCUUCUGUUAUCAUUUAUAGUGCCAGGGCAAUGUGCUUGAUUGACUUUGGGAUGCCAGUGGAUCGAGAGGAAGAUAGUGACUUGGUAAACGGCCAGCAUUCUCCACUGAAGAAGUUACAAACUACUACCAUGAAUGGGGGACUGAAACGUAGGUUGAAAGAAUACCAACCAGAGACCAAACUUAGGAAAAAUUUUGAAAUUCUUGCUUUCAGAGAUCCUGUUUUAUUUAUUGGCCACCUUUCUGAAAAUUCUAUCUUGAUCAUGGACAAACCAUGGAUGGAUGUGGUUAAAACUUUUGAUGCCCAACCUGUCCACAGACAUAUAUUUGGGACGUAACUGCCAUGUCAAGGGUUAAUUACAGACACGAUGGAGAAUGAAGAUUUGGCAAUUCGAUCCCAUGCUAUUGCCAUCACAAUUUUGUUUUCUUACAGUAAGAGGGGGUGGAGCCGUGGAGGCGGGAUUAUGGGGGGUCCCAUGUUGUUCAAUGUAUUUCUUAAAAUAAUUGCUUUUUAACUUGUUAAAUUAGCAAUUUUGUCUUAAACCAUAUUUUAUCCUUGUUCAAUACAAGGGUUUUGAUGUGUAAAUUCAUAGAUCCAAUCCAGUAGUGAAUUCUUUUUUUCA